UCAAAGCCAACGGUUUGGUACGAAAACAACCGGAGAAAAGACGCAACAAUAAAGUGUUUCCGCCGCGAGCUAAACGGAUCGAUUAAAAACAUAGGUGUUUUAGCUUAAAGACAAAUAGUUAUCCAAAUUUUUGCUUCCUAAAAAAAUAUGAUAAAAAACUGACUUAAAAAAUAAGAAACAUUUCCCUUAUAAACAAGCAACAAAGAAAUAAUCAUAACGUAAUAGCCGCAUAACAUAACUUAAGAAACAGCCUUGGAACUUUAAAAAUCUAAUUGGCACACAUAAAUAAACAACAACAACGUCAGCGCAUCGAUGCCUAUGCUUUGGAGUCUGUAGCAGCGCCACACCGCAAAAUGCCGAACAGUCGACAGUACAUACAGCCGAAACAAAAGUGUCAUCGAAAUUGCCAGCAAUCACAACAGAAAAAACCACAACAAGUACACGCACAACAGCACUCAGUUUCGGGCAAAUAUGUCAAACGUUGUGAAGGCCGGUCAAAUCAGCUGAUUGCUUUUAUGAUUAUUUUAAUAGGAAUCAUAAAAAGUACAACCGCAUUAGCUGAUGGGCCUGUAGCAUCAUCCACUAGUGGCGCUCUCAACGGCGAUAUUCGUGGAGAUAUUGCCGAAACUGCUAGCUACCAGAACAGUGACAUAAUCGGAGAAAUUGUAGAAGAAAUAGACUUGGAUAAUGGUCCUACCGGCGACGGAAACAUCGGUUCACAAUAUCGAAAUGGAUUUCAUACAAAAUUCUCCUUAGUAGAUAAAGAAGUAGUUGACCGUUUAAUUAAACAAUGGGCACCGAUUGUAUGGUUGGCACCAGAGGAAAAAUUCAUGCCACUCGGUGUAGAUGAAUUUCUAAACCAUGUGCACCCCAGAGAUAAAGGCAAAACAUUUAUACCAGGCAUGCCAAUUGGGGAUGAUUCGAAAAAGGCAUAUUUGGUGACCAAUGAAGAGAUAGACGAACUUUUAGAAAAUGAGAAGUCUUUUAUCUACGGUCGUAAUCCAAACGAAUCACCAGUGCCAAUUUAUGCAGUCGUUACGCUUUGUAAUGCACCAAUGCGAAAAACGGUCACAAAGCUGACGCCAGCAGCUCCACCAACAGCACCCCCCACAUCGCCAUUUAAUGGUUUGCAACAAAAGUUGCUUGUUUCCGCAACUCAACAAUUCUUGCCCAGUUCAACGUCUACAUUGGCAUCCACAAUCCCGAUAAGCAGCACACGUGGACCUUACAUUCCCGUCUCAAUCGAUCCAUUGGAUGUGCGCAAUGACACAGUACGCCGUUCGUCACGACUGUACCCUGUCUUCAAACGUGUGCGACGCAAUAGUUUACGUCUGGUCGAAAACGAAUAUAAUUUACCAUUAUCACCGCCAAUCGUGCUCAAUUUACCACCAAAAGGUUUAGUUGUAGAGCCUUAUAGCGAUCUUGUCUUGGGUGAGAGCAGUCCAGUUGCUGCAGAGCAGUCAACUGGCGCACCUGACGUGACUACUACGGAUUCACCAAUACAAGAAGACAAUAGCGCUCAAGUUAACAAUUUCAUUGCCAAUUUGGUGGACAAUGUUAAAUUCAGUAUGCCUGUUGAUAAUAUGUUAGAGGACAAUACCAUUGAUGUAGGUAGCAGUUUUGAUCAUCUUGUGACAAAUAAUGCUGGUGGAAGGCGGAAACUGCGCAAAAAGAUGCCCAGCUUCCAUGUGACGUAUUGGAUGUUUUAUCCAUAUAGUCAAGGCAAAACAAUGUGUACACUGAGCCUAGGGCCGCUUGGCAGCAUUCCAUUUCCGGCUGUAUAUGGAUUCUGUUUAGGGCGUCGCAAAGAUAUUGGCAGUCACAUUGGUGAUUGGGAACAUAUGAGCUUAUAUUUCACUGGUGAUGCUGAACCGGAAGCGAUGUACGUUUCGGCUCAUGAUGCAGGCGCGUAUUACUCAUACAAUCGUCUAACCGGAUCAUUUGAGUUUAAGAAACAGGAAACUCGUAAAGGCAUAUUACAGAGGCCAAAUUUUCCGAAGACUGUGACGACAUUUAAUAAUCACCCAGUACUUUUUGCGGCAAAAGGUUCCCAUGGCCUGUGGACGGCGCCAGGAAAACAUCGUUUUGUCAAAGUAGCGCGUCUUUAUGACAUAAAUGGAUUUGGCACACCAUGGAACACGUGGAAAUUGGUGGAUAUUUCAUAUGAAAACCUAAAAUCUUACGGACGCGCUCUGGUGCCAUCAUGGUUAUCAUUCAAAGGUAAAUGGGGUAAUCCCAAAAGUAAAUGCCAUCCAUUUCGACGAAUCGGUUUGAAUUUUUGCGAAUACACCGAUGGUCCCACUGGCAUACCAUUAAAAGAGCCGCAUUUCCAAUGUGGUGCAGCUUAACAAUAUGGAUUUUUUUUUUAUAUCUUCUUAAGUAUAGACUAGUUAAUUUUAAUAUUUAUUACAAGAAUGUAUUAUAUUUACAGAAACUGUACUGUGCACUGAAACAAUAAUUGUGUUAAAAUAUUGUUUUAUGAUA